UGCUAUCUUCAUUCCUCUAAUGCUAAUUUGCUAUAAUUGUGCUACUAAUAGAGCCAGAGCCCUAAACUUUUAUAGCAUUUCCUUUCCUUUCCGGGGAAUUGAAGGUUUAAAGCCCUUUUUUCCCCGAGUGAUUAACACUCGCCAUCUAAGUUCUAACAUUCUUCGUCAAGGACAGUUGAUUUAAGAAUCUCAGAAUGGGUGCCGGAAGAAAGACGCGGACAAUCACUAUGAAGGAGAAGAUUGUACCUCCAUGGACAGUAAAUGGUAUUGACACUGCAAGGAAUCUAAGAACAAAUGAUCUCACUGCCGUAAUCUUUGGCUGCAAGCAUAAUACGAUCAAAGAAUGUUUCUCGAACCAGUUGUUUGGAUUGCCUGCUCCACAUAACUUGUAUGUAAGGAACAUCUAUCCUGGUAUGCUGCUAUUUUUAUUCAACUACAGUGAUAGAAAACUUCAUGGUAUAUUUGAGGCUGCCAGUCAUGGACGACUGAAUAUCAAUCCACAUGCAUGGACUGAAGAUGGUUCAGAUUCUUCUCCAUAUCCUGCACAGGUUAAGUUCCGCAUAGCAACUCUGUGUCAGCCAUUGGUGGAAGAUCAAUAUGGUCCAAUAAUUGCUGAAAACUACUAUAAACCAAAACUAUUUUGGUUUGAAUUGGACAAGGAUCAAACAAGCAAAUUGGUAUCAUUAUUUUGUUCUUCGCCAAUGACACAGAAGCAGAGCCCUUUGUUCAAAGGUUCAUUCAUUCCUAAUGCAACAGAGAAGCAGAGACAGGAAGGUGAGAUUAGUAAUAAUGAAGGAAGGGAACGAGCGAAAGAAGUUGCAAGUGUGAAACCAAGCCCCGGGCUUUCUUAUUCCUCUGUUGUAAAAAACAUGAGUUCAUCUGUUAAGACCGAUCAAUCUCUGGUGAAGUGUGGCACUUAUAUUUUUGAUCAAUCUAAGACAGCAUUGGGUGUCUGCAGCGCUAAUGCCAUCAUAGUACAGGAUUCCUCUGCUUGUCCUAGUUUGAUUGGAGAACGGCAGCAGUUGAAAGCUGUGGAUGUUGCAGAAAAUCAUAAGCAUGAGGCAGUAUGCGGAUAUCCAAGUGCCAAUGGAUCUUCCUCUUCUCAUGUUGAUGGCAUGGGUGCUUCUCUUCCUCAGAAACCAUGGAGUGCCUUGUUCAACAAUGAAACUGCUUCUGAUGCAGAUGCAAGAAGGGAAGCUGAAGAUUCAAAGGUACCAACUUUGGAAUCAAAAUUUUCUGAGAUCGAUCAAUGCAGUUCAGAGUGGGAGCCUUCACCUGACCUAAAUCAGAAAAUCAAUGUCUUGGAUGCUGCCGUGAGCAAUGAAGAUUCUGAACCUUGCGAAUCUCUAACCAUUGUUGAUACAAGGCAGGAAGCUGAAGAUCUUAACAUCGGUGGGGAUCAGUACAAUUUGGAAUGGAGCUCGUCGUGUGUUUCACCACGUUUGGAUGAAGAACAUCAGACUUCAGAACUUCUUACUGAUGGGUAUGUUCCUCAGGAAGAAUUAUAUAGUGAAUCAAACUGGGAAUCCUUGUAUGUAGCCAUGGCAAAUAUGGUUAUAGCAGAGGAUCAUCAAAGGGAAGUUGCUAAGGUGCAUUCAAGAGAAGCAAUAUUUUCGGAAAUUAAGUCUUCUGAUUUUCAUUCUAUAGUAGCAAAGUUACUACUGGAAAGAGAAGAGUUGAAGGGAUCUCAGUUUAUGCAAGUAAGAAAAAUUAAUUUGAUGGAGCAAGAGCUGGUUGAAUCAAAAAUUGAAAUUCAACAAUUGAAAGAUAGAUGCAAGGCACUGGAAGCUCGCUGUAUAAACUUUGAUGACCUGAUGCUUAUAGCUGGAGGAUUUGACGGUUCUUUGUGGUUGUCGAGCUUAGAAUUCUAUUCUCCUUUCCACGACCUAAAGAAACCCCUUGCUUCUAUGAAUUCUGUACGUUCAUAUGCCUCAGCAGCAAACUUAAACGGUGAACUCUUCAUAAUUGGUGGUGUUCACGGUAGUUUGUGGUAUGACACAGUUGAGUCAUACAACCCAACAUGCAAUCAGUGGUCAUCUCGUCCUUCAUUGAAUCAAAGAAGAGGGCACUUAGCAAGUGUUUCGUUACAUGACAAGAUAUUUGCAGUUGGGGGUGGAAAUGGAGUUGGAUGUCUUUCAGAGGUCGAAAUGUUGGAUGUAAAUGCUGGAAGGUGGAUCCCUGUUCGGUCCAUGCUUGACAAGCGAUUUGCUCCUGCUGCAGCAGAAAUAAGUGGCAUACUCUAUGUUGUUGGAGGAUACAAUGGAAGUGAUUACUUAAACUCAGUUGAAAGAUUUGAUCCACGAGAACAUUCAUGGACACGACUUGAGAGUUUGACUGUGAAGAGAGGAUGCCACUCUUUGACAGUUUUGAAUGAGAAAUUAUAUGCUUUGGGGGGCUAUGAUGGUCAUAACAUGGUCUCAACAGUAGAGGUAUUCGAUCCUCGCGUUGGUUUAUGGACAAUGGAGGAAUGCAUGAGUGAGUCAAGGGGAUAUUUCGGUGCUGUUGUGAUGAGAGAUUCAAUUUAUGUAAUUGGAGGUCUGAAUGACAAUGGAAAACCAUUAGACAAGGGAGAAUAUUACAAGGAAGGUCAUGGUUGGAAGGCAAGUGACCUCAAAGGAAUUGGGAAUAGAUGCUUCUUUUCUGCUGCUGUUCUUUGAUUGAGUGGCUGAUAGCGACUAAAUCUGUUUGAUAAUCUGCAAAAUGUAUAUCACAGGUUCAUCCUCUAUAUACUAUUUUUGAAACAGAUAAAUGUAAUGGAUAUUCAGGUUCUUGAAAGCUAUUGACGUGCAUUCUCUUGGUUGUAAUUAGUAAUUAGGAUAGGCUAUAUGACUGUCACAGGCACGACAACGGAAUUAUCAGGGGCACACUCUACCACUGAGCUAAUAGCCCGUCGUGCGAUUUUCCAGUGCCUAGCACAUUAUGUAGAUAAUGAAAUGGAAUUAUGAACAUGAACAUUGUUACAUGUCCAGUAUCAGUUUCGAUACGUUAUUACUAUUUACUGAAAGACAAAAUUACUACUAUGAUAUAGAAAA